AUGGUUGGGCAAUUUUUGACGGGAUAUCUGAAGCGCUGUGGUCUGGAAGCUGAAGAUGUACCGAAAGUAGCUGCAACUUUUCUCGGGGCGAAAUACUGCGUGUGGGCCGCCUCUGUUGCGCUUGCGGUGCGAUAUAGGCCGCUCCGCAGAGUGUUCCUGUCAAGAAGUAAAGCACUCUUCCAGGGAAGUGCUUCGAGGCCGUUUGCAGAGAGAAAGAGGCUGUGGCUCGUUGAUGCUCUCGACCGAUUGGACCAUGUGAAGAACAGUGGCAGGGCAGCUGGCAGCUCCCGGGAUUUGACUACUCGUGCCUCCCUGCUGAAAAAGUUGCCCAGCAGGGUGCGGAAGGCUGUAGCUGCAGGCGUUGCAAGCGCCCGAGCACAGUACCGUGCAGCGAACUACAGCUGGAAGCUAGCAGGCUGGCAACUGCUUCGCACGCAGGAGCGUCAAAAGCUUGGCGUUCCUGUCAAGCAUGGGGUGAUCACAUGGUACCCUUGGACCUCGGCGAAAUACUGGCAACUGUCCGACAAACUACAAGCCUCUGCCGACUCCAACCGAGUUUGGGGCGCAUUCACUAGGAGCUUAGGCCUCGGCAAACUCAACUCCAGAGGCUUGGCUUUAGGACUGGCCGAGGGGACGAUCCUCUUCAAAUUCACCGUGCCCAUUCACAUGCCGCUGUCGCUGCGACCCUUGCUGAUGCAACAGAGGAUGCACGGAGCAAUGUAUGGUCAACCCAUACGGCCGCAAUGGAUGCGAAUUCCCUUGUUGGCUGGGGCUGGACCUGGACCGUGGAGUAAGACGUUCUGUUGGAGCCACCCUGGGCUGAGCUUUGGACAGGGCCACACUGCGUACUGUUCAGGGCAGAGCAGCAAGAGUACAGGCUCUACAGGCUCAGCGCAGAAGCUGUCACAGACUCGCUUACAGGGUGCGAUGGCCGCACUGGCUGCUGAGUCCGCAUCUGAUUCCGUGACUCAGGAGAGCAUUGUGGUCGAUCCAACCUGUGGCAUGGGCACACUUCUGAUAGCUGCUGCUCGCGUGUGGCCGCAAGUGAGCCAGAGGCGUCUCCGGCUUGUUGGGCGCGAUAUGAACCCUAGCCAACUACAGAAAUUAUAUGCAAACUUCUACUCCUGCCAGUUGGACACGUGUGACGUGCGGCUCGGAGAUGCAAGGGAUGGUCAAUCCUUUUCAGACGUGGAAGACGGGUCGGUUGAUGCUCUGCUUUGUGAUUUGCCUAGCGGCGCUGCACACAAGGCAAGUUCAGAUUGGAAGUCUUACACAUCUUUUAUGCAGUUGGCGGAGCGCAUCAUCAGGCCGCAUGGUAGGUGUGUCCUCCUGUCCGAGCGCAAGACCAUGCUGCUUAGGCGCUUGCUGUCGCAAGGUGUGCUGCACUUUGAUCUCAGAAUUUGCAUGUUCAAUUCAACGCUGUUGCUUGAUGCUGACAAUUUCAAUGCGCCUUUGCACUGGGCCGCAUGGAACGGAAGCCACAGCCUAGUGGAAGAGCUGCUGCUGCACGGAGCACUGCUGCGGCAGCCCAAUGCUGAAGGCUUACAGGCAGUGCACCUGGCGGUGCGAAACGGGAGAUUGUCGACUUUGGCUGCCUUGUGGCGCCACGAACAUGACAUCAUUUUCGCCACAGAUUCAGAGGGCGGAACACCGGUGCACCAUGCAGCAAAUUGUGGCUUUCUUCAUGUUCUGGAGUGGCUGUAUUUCAGAGGAGCGCCCAUCAAUGUAAGCGACGCUUAUGGACUCACGCCCUUGCAUUGUGCAGUCAUGGCGGGCAAGCAGCAAACUGCCCACCUUUUGGUGAGGCGUCGGGCUGACCCGUUGGCUGUGGACCUGAAGGGCCGUGUUCCCCUUCAUUGGGCUGCUCUUCAUGGCCGCAGUUCACUCCUAGCCUCGGUUCGAUGGGAGGAAUCGCUUGGUGGUGUCGCAACCCUGAACACGAAGGACAGUGCUGGGAAGAGACCUCUGCAGCUUACUCGGCGAACGGACGUGUGCAUGAUGCUACACCUUUUUUGCUUGGAGGCGUGGAGCAGGUGGCAGAAGCUGACAUCUACUAGCAGCAUGUCCUGCUUCUUGCAUCGAGUUCCACCUCCAAGUCAGCCCUUCGCCAUCAUCAUGGUGCUUCUGACUCCUCUCUUUCACUGCCUGAACGCUGUGUUGGUGGUGGAGCUUCUGCAGGCCGGCUGUGCAAAUGCCUCGCGAUCAUUGUCACUUGCCCUGGUUUCACUGCAACUGCUUGGGCAGCUUUAUUCAUUGAGGUGCUUCGUGGUGCUAUGCUGUGGCGAUCCUGGAUAUUGCAAAGUUUUCACUCCAGGGCAGAUGCAAACAGGCUGCAACAGCGUUACCGGGACGAGCAACGUUCCAGAGCGGCUGGCAGGCUUCCCCCGUGAGUAUGUCGAGAUCGCCACCUCUGAAGCAGUUGAAUUGGACCCUGGAGGCUGGCAAAAAGAGGCUUGUGUAAUUUGUGGGCGGCUGCGAGCGGCCCGUUGCAAGCAUUGCAGGCAUUGUGGACGAUGUGUUGCCAGAUUUGAUCAUCAUUGUCCAUGGCUUGGGAAUUGCAUUGGGGGUCGCAAUCUGUCAAUGUUUUUGAGGUUCCUAAUGUCCACAUUGCUGCCGCCACCUCAGCAACGCACUAUCCACAUUCAAGAAAGCGGAUCCUGCUGUGACUUGGAUGAGGUCCUUGCUUCUGGCUUUGAGGCUCAUUUGGCAGAUUUCUGA